AUGACUUCGGACGUCAACCGCAAGGGCCUAAGCCAAACCUUGCCGAUCCGAUUUGUACCGAGGGCCAUUCGGUUCGUCCAGGCUCUCGUUCUGAGAACCCGUCAGGCUCGUAAGAAGGUCGAACAAGUAGAGCUGGGAAGAAAGUUCGUUGAAGGGCUGCUGGCUGGCUGGCUGGCUGGCUGGCUGGGCCAGUCUGUCCUGGCGAGCGUCAACGUGCGCGCGCUGCGCCCAGAGGGGGGAGGAGGAGGGGAGGAGGAGGCGUUCAUAACCUCUUGCGUCGCGGCGCUGCGAGCGACUGUAGCCAGCCGCAAACUGAAACUUUCGUCACCGAUGACGAAACGGCAUCGCUCUCCUCCUCCUCCUGCUCCUGCUCCUCGGCCAGGACAGUACCGCCAACAAGCCGAAGGCGGUACCUGUGCCGAUCCUCAUUUGGCUCAGAUGAGAUGGGCGGUGACGACAUGUGCAUUUGAACUUCAGUUUCAUCAUCAUUUGGCUGCCCGCCCCGCAGAAUCUCCUCAUUCCCACCUUCCUUCGGACACAGGCGUCGUAGCCCACUUAUCCGCUCCCGUCCCCAAUUAUGUCGUCUCUGAUCCGCCGGAAGGACCGACGAAAGAAGAGCGAAAGAAAGAAUGA